AUGCCGAUUGCACGCGUCGCUUCUGCGGCUCCUUCGUGGUUGUUUGACUUCGCUCCUGUGAUGACUUUCUCCUCAACCCGGAUCGGAAGUUACGACAUUUUGAUCGGAAGCAAGAACGAGAGCUCGCUGGUUUUGAAGAUUCCGGGAGACAUGGUGGCGAAUGCCAUGAUUUUAGCAAUAACAACACAUUCAAAUCAACAUUCAGAAGUCAUAUAUCAUGUUAGUUCAUCUGUAAGAAACUUGGUGAAAACUUCAACAAUAGAAAAAUGUGUCUACCAAUAUAUAGUGAAGAACCAUCAGACUCGUAGUGAUGGAAAGGAAAUCAAGGCAAAUAAACUUCACUUCAAAAGAACAAUGACAAGUUUUCAUAUAUACAUGCUUCUUCAUUAUCGCCUACCUCUUGAGGGCUUGCGCUUGAUGAAUCUAGCCCUUUUUGGCUUGUUUACUCAACAAUACAACACAUAUUGGAGGGAAUAUAAGCGUGUGAUGCUCCUUGCUGAUAUCUAUGCACCAUAUGCAUUCUUUAAAGGAUGCUUUGAUGAUUCUAACUUAGAAUGUUUGAGAAAGGCAAUGGUGAAUAAUGUUGAGAUGAAGUUGUUUGAUUUUGAUCCCGUGAACAUUGAAUUGGAUGAUUACUUGAUUAACAUUCACAUUCCAGGUGUAAUCAAGUAUUUGCUUAAGUAG